UGUUUAGAAAGGGUGCUAAACUGAGGAGCAGCUGAUACUGAUUCCGCUGCUGCUUGAGGAAAUAUGACAUUGUGACAGGAGUCUUAAAGCCUGGCAAACUGAGGAGCAGCUGACAAUUCAAUUCUGACUCUUGCAGAAAUAUGAUUUUUUAACGUCGCCAAACAGACAAGCAGCUGACACUUUCAUUCUGCUGCUGCUGCUGUUGCAAAUAUGACAUUGUGACAUCAGGAGUUGUAUUAAGCACGCCAAACUGAGGAGCAGCUGACACUCUGAUUCUGCUGCUGCUGAUGAUGCUGCAGCUGCAAAAAUGCUGCGAUUCCCCGUAAAGAAAAUCCGAAAGCAAUUCAAACUUCUGCUGCUGCUGGUGCUGCUUACUUUUGCUGUGUGGUUUACAUACCUGCAUAUCAACCAGGGCAAAUCCAUCAAACUCCACUUUAACUAUGGGAAAGAUGGAGAGAGGCAGAUGGAAGGAACAGAUACCAGUCAUAAGAGAGACUCGCGCUCCUCAGACAAGUAUCGCAAAAGUGAAGAUGCCAGCAACAGCCAAGAGGAGGAGAACACACAGGAAGAUGAGCCCAGUGCUGGCACCGUUCGUGAUAGAGAUCAAGCUCAAAUCCGCAAGUUCCUCUCACAGAAGUACAAAAAGCUGCCAUGGAAACCAGAGUUUAAAGGUCAAGCAAACCUCCAUGUGUUUGAAGACUGGUGUGGUUCCUCAGUCGCUCAGCUCAGGAAGAACCUGCAUUUUCCUCUUUACCCCCAUAUGAGAACUACUGUAAAGAAGUUGGCUGUGGCUCCCAAAUGGAAGAACUACGGACUAAGAGUAUUUGGCUACAUUCUACCUUACAAAGAUGGGGAUUUCCAGUUUGCGGUGUCGUCUGAUGAUAACUCAGAGUUCUGGUUGAGUUCAGAUGAAAGUCCUCUCAAUGCUCGUCUACUGGCCUAUGUGGGAAAGCUGGGAUCCGAAUGGACUGCACCUGGGGAGUUUACCAAGUUCAGAUCUCAGGCAUCCAAAGCUGUGCAUCUCAUGACCUCCAGACGAUACUACUUUGAGAUUCUUCACAAACAAGAUGAAAAAGGCUCAGAUCACGUUGAAGUCGGGUGGCGCCCUUUCCUGCCAGGACUCAAGUAUGAGGUCAUCGAUUCCGCCUACAUCUCCUUGUACACGGAUGAGAGCAGUUUGAAGAUGAACCAUGUGGAUCACAUUCCUCAGACACUGGCGAGUCACAUCCCCGUCCCAGCAGAGAUCAAGACCCACAGCAGCCUACAUGGCGCCGAUAUGCUGCAACCAGACCCCCGUGACACCUUCUUCAACAUACCCAUGAUUAACCCUGCUCAUCUUGAGAACGUUUUGCCCACCUGUCUGUACUCGCCAACUUAUGUGGUCAAAGAUUUUCCUAUCGCCCGCUAUCAAGGCCUGCAGUUUGUCUAUCUUUCAUUUGUUUAUCCCAAUGACUUUACCCGCCUCACACACAUGGAGAGAGAGAACAAGUGCUUCUACAGAGAGUCACCCAUCUAUCUGGAGAAGUUUGGCUUCUAUAAAUACAUGAAGAUGGAUGAGGAGGAAGAUGACAGGCCAUUCUUCUUCCCUAAUCCUGACGAUUUUCUUGAAGAAGAAGAAGGGGCAGAUCUAGAUGAUGAAGCACAAGUUAUUGGCACCCAGUCAGCAAAGAAGUCUGCCAACACCAGCCAAUCAAGUCACACCUUAAGCCCCUCCCAUAAGCCAGUUCCCACAGUGACAGAGAGAAAAGAGGUAGAGUCAGACAAUCCAGCUCUGAUGAGAGAGCAAAGGCGAUUUUUCACAAGAGAAAUACAGGAGGGCGGGGUACGAGUACGAGGCCGCUCUCUCAAAUGGGUUCACAGAGAACAGCGGGACUUUAGAGAGGGUCGGAUGGAAGAACGUUCCCCCAAAAUAAGCCGGUCAGCUUUGCUAUUCCCACAGAAAUCCACCUUGGUGGCCUUCAACAGCCGAGCCAAGCAGAUCCUAAGCAAUCCAACCCACACAAUCCGUUUCCAAGGUAGAAACCAUGCCCAUGACAACAGCUACAACCUUGGCAACAUCAACACCAAGAAGAGAGAACGCAAGAAGGACAACAAGAUCUAUGUAACCAGACCUCGUCCUGCUAAGCAGAAGCAAAGUCCUGUUUCACGCCAACCUAGAGAGGUCUUCCCUGGAGUUUUCUUGUACCAGAAUGGCAAAACCACCAAGCUGGUAAACCUCAGUGCCAAACCAAAACUAAACAAAGGUGCCCUGCGGGCAUCCCAGAUAUUUGCGCGGUCUCCUCGAGAGGAGAACAAAGUCAUUCCAGCAAGCUUAAACUUCAGCAAGCCAGCUGAAAUUCAUGCCAUUUCAAACAGAGCAGCAAUGCAAAGCCGCUUUGAUAGAAGGAUACGGGGUGUCUGGGAAAAACACCAGCAUCCUUCAAGGGCCAUUGCAACCCAUCCACCGCUUCCUACACCCACUCCUCCAUCCUCAAACUCUUCCGAGAAUGUUCGUCUGACCGAACCUCUCCAUGUCACUUCCUACUUGCACACCUCUGAGAUCACAGAGUCCCAACAACAGCGGCCGGAGACAGACCCAGAGCCAGAAGAAGAUGGCGGUCUAUCGGAGUACAGCUAUGAAGACGUGGAGCCCCGCCCUGGGUGGGCGGAGGAGGCCAUUAAUUGGCAGAGAACUUUUUCCGUCAACAGUAUGGACUUUGAAACGUUGCGCUCUGAUUGGAAUGAUCUUCGGUGCAACGUGUCAGGAAACCUGCAGCUACCUGAGAGCGAAGUGGUGGACGUGUUGGCGCAGUACAUGGAGAAACUCAAUGAACGCAAUAGAGGGAUUUACACUCUCCUCCGCAUCAUAAACGUUGAAAAACGUCGUGACUCUGCACGUGGUAACCGCUAUCUGAUUGAGCUGGAGUUAAUGGAGAGAGGUCGUAAAGUGGUCCGACUGUCCGAGUACAUCUACAUGCUGUUGCACCGUGGCCGAGUGGAAGACAGCCUGGAGAAUGUAGAAGGUGCCACUGCCUCGUCCCCCUCUGCUCCUGUCGCCAGCCCACCAGCUCCCUUUCACACGUCUACCCGAGGGGCCCAUGCCACCCCACAGUGGGGCACAGUAUUUGCCAAACCCCUGCUCUGUCAGCCAGUGAUCCUACAGUGGAAAAAAGAUGUCAUGGUGCAUUUUGUGGUGCCAGUAAAGAAUCAGGCCCGUUGGGUUCAGCAGUUCAUUUCCGAUAUGGAGAAUCUGCAUCGUGAGACAAAGGACAACAACUUUAACAUCAUCAUUGUGGACUUCCAGAGUGAAGACAUGGAUGUGGAACAGGCCCUUAGAGAAAGUUCUGUGCCAAGAUAUGAAUAUUUGAGGAGGGAAGGAAACUUUGAACGUUCUGCUGGGUUACAAAUUGGUGUGGACACCAUAGAGGACACUCACAGUAUUGUGUUUCUGUGUGACCUGCACAUUCAUUUCCCUCCGAACAUUCUGGAGAGCAUCAGGAAACACUGCGUGGAGGGUAAACUGGCCUUCGCUCCUAUAGUCAUGAGACUGGGCUGUGGCAGUUCACCACGAGAGCCUGAUGGUUACUGGGAGGUAAACGGCUUUGGUCUUUUUGGCAUUUACAAGUCAGACUUUGACAAGAUUGGUGGCAUGAACACAGAAGAGUUUAAAGACCGAUGGGGAGGAGAAGACUGGGAACUACUGGACAGAGUGCUACAAAACGGUCUGGAGGUCGAGCGGUUGAGACUGAGAAACUUCUUCCACUACUAUCACUCUAAGAGAGGCAUGUGGAACUCACAGUCCAUUAAAACGCCUAAAGGUUAAAACUGCAGCUCACUGAGACUCACGAAAUGAGCACAGGCACCUUAAAGGGCCAAACCAUUGUGUCUCGAGGGACCCCUGACCGUAUGGUCCAUCUCAUAGAGGAAGACACAGGACUAAAUCUGGGUACAAGCUGCUGUCCAAACUGAACGCACUCACGAGAGAAAAAAGACUCUUAUUUACCAAGAUAUGUUUGUACCUUGAUGUCUGUUAGAUGAUGAGCUCUCAUUGAUAACUGAAUAUGGAAAUUUGACUAAAGAUUGAAAGGAAAUGGAGAUUGUUUUCAGUGCUGGGUGAAUUUUACUGUAAACUAGCAAUUCAAGGUUUUUGCACUUUGAAUCGUAUAAAUAUGGUUUGCACUUGAGAUAUAAUGCUGAAAUGAUUGUUUAAAGGUUUAGACGUGUGCUGGUACUUAGACGUCUGCUUUUAUAUAGCUGUAAAUGUCAAUUCCUGUUCAGAGUGACGCCUCCUUACACUUGACCUACAGAACUGAUCUGAUAUAUGGCGACCCCCGCCAUAUACUGUAUAUUGAAGAUAUCAAAUAUUUCGGCAGUGGGCGAACAUGCGGCUUCCUGCUCAAAGUCCUGCUGAUCUGAGAGUUCUGGACACAACUGGACCCGAGAUGUAUUUGUAUUUGUCUUUACAUAUGUUUGCUAUGAAGAGCUGCUUCAUUUUUCCUCGUUACGAAUGGAUUUCAAAAGAGAUUUUAGGUGAAUCUGAUAAAACUUGUCAAGAACAUGUCUGUCAUGUUAUAAUUCCCCAUAAAAAACAAAAGAAAGAAAUAAGAAAUUAUACUUUGUCUACUGAAAAUGAAGCCAAUUUUUGUACCUUUAAGAUUUUUAUUAUUAUUUUCAUGACAAUUAAGCACAUUUUCC